AUGGAGAAGUUGACAUCAUUGCCAAAUGAAUUGGGCAAUCUCACAUCUUUGACUUCCUUAAAUUUAAAUGGAUGCUCGAACUUUACAUCAGUGCCAAAUAAAUUGGGCAACCUCACAUCUUUGACUUUCUUAAGUUUAAGUAAGUGCUCAAACUUGACAUUAUUACCAAAUGAAUUGGGCACCCUUAUAUCUUUGACUUCCUUAAGUUUAAGUGGAUUCUUGAACUUGACAUCAUUGCCAAAUGAAUUAGGCAACCUCACAUCUUUGACUUCCUUAAGUAUAAGUGAGUAUUGGGAGUUGACAUCAUUGCCAAAUGAAUUCGGCAACCUUACAUCUUUGACUUCUUUAAAUUUAAGUUGGUGCUCAAGGUUGACAUCAUUGUCAAAUAACUUGGGCAACCUCACAUCUUUGGCUUCUUUAAGUUUAAGUAGGUGCUCGAACUUGACAUCAUUGCCAAAUGAAUUGGGCAACCUCACAUCUUUGACUUCCUUAAAUUUAAGUGGGUGCUUGAGCUUGAUAACAUUGCCAAAUGAAUUGGGUAAUUUCACAUCUUUGACUUCCUUAAAUUUAAGUGGGUGUUGGAAGUUGAUAUCAUUGCCAAAUGAAUUGGGCAACCUCACAUCUUUGACUUCUUUAAAUUUAAGUGGGUGCUUGAGCUUGACAUCAUUGCCAAAUGAAUUGGGCAACCUCACAUCUUUGACUUCCUUAAAUUUAAGUGGGUGCUUGAGCUUGAUAACAUUGCCAAAUGAAUUGGGCAAUUUUACAUCUUUGACUUCCUUAAAUUUAAGUGGGUGUUGGAAGUUGAUAUCAUUGCCAAAUGAAUUGGACAACCUCACAUCUUUGAGUUCUUUAAAUUUAGUUGAGUGUUGGAAGUUGACAUCAUUGCCAAAUGAAUUGGGCAACCUCACAUCUUUGACUUCCUUAAAUUUAAGUGGGUGUUGGAAGUUGACAUCAUUGCCAAAUGAAUUGGACAACCUCACAUCUUUUACUUCCUUAAAUUUAAGUGGGUGUUGAAAGUUGACAUCAUUGCUAAAUAAAUUGGACAACCUCACAUCUUUGACUUCUUUAAGUUUAAGUAAGUGCUCAAACUUGACAUCAUUGCCAAAUGAAUUGGGCAACCUCACAUCUUUGACUUCCUCAAGUAUAAGUGAGUGUUGACAGUUGACAUCAUUGCCAAAUGAAUUGGGCAACCUCACAUCUUUGACUUCCUUAAGUAUAAGUGAGUGUUGGGAGUUGACAUCAUUGCCAAAUGAAUUCGGCAACCUUACAUCUUUGACUUCCUUAAAUUUAAGUUGGUGCU